UCCAGGAUGUGGCAAGUCAGAAUCUUCCUGCUGUUCCUGGCCGCCUGGGGAAUUUCUAGCACACCUCUUGACCCAGUGUUCUCCAGCAGUGAGCGUGCCCACCAGGUGCUGCGGGCCAAACGUGCCAACACCUUCCUGGAGGAGAUGCGGCCGGGCAACCUGGAACGGGAGUGUGUGGAGGAGGUCUGUGACUUUGAGGAGGCCAAGGAGAUUUUCCAAAAUGUGGAAGACACACUGGCCUUCUGGAUCAAGUACUUCGGUGAGUGCUUGCUCCAGGGUCGGUGGAGGUUGGAAAGGAAAAUGGAGGUACCCACAUCCUCUACUGCCCCGUCCCUCUGUCUUUCACAGAUGGUGACCAGUGCGAGGCUCCGCCCUUGGACCACAAGUGCAACAACCCAUGCUGCGGGCAUGGCACAUGCAUCGACAGCCUGGGCAGCUUCAGCUGCUUCUGCGAUAAAGGCUGGGAGGGCAGGUUCUGCCAGGAGGGUGAGGGGACCUCUGCGAGAGCGGCAAUACCACGACUGCCAGGUGAACAACGGCGGUUGCGUGCACUACUGUCUGGAGGAAGGCGGCAGUCGGCGCUGCGCUUGCGCUCCGGGCUACCAGCUGGCGGACGACCACAAGCGCUGCAAGUCUACCGUGAAUUUUCCAUGCGGAAAGCUGGGGAGACGGAUGGAGAAGAAACGCAAGAACAGGGACACAGACCCAGAAGAUGAACUAGAACAAGAUCCAAGGAUUGUCAACGGAACACUGACGAAGCAGGGAGACAGUCCUUGGCAGGCGAUCCUUCUGGACUCCAAGAAGAAGCUGGCAUGUGGAGGGGUACUCAUCCAUGCCUCCUGGGUGCUGACGGCAGCCCACUGCAUGGUGAACACCAAGAAGCUUACUGUGAGGCUCGGUGAGUACGAUCUGCGCCGCAGGGACCAUUGGGAACUGGACCUGGACAUCAAGGAAGUCCUCAUCCACCCUAACUACAGUCGGAUCACCAGUGACAAUGACAUCGCUCUGCUCCGCCUGGCCCAGCCAGCCACUCUGUCUAAGACCAUAGUGCCCAUCUGCCUGCCGAAUGACGGCCUGGCAGAGCGGGAGCUCACUCAGGCCGGCCAGGAGACGGUGGUGACAGGCUGGGGCUACCAAACCGACAAGGACAAGGAUGGCAGGAGGAACCGCACCUCUAUCCUCACCUUCAUCCGUAUCCCUGUGGCCCCACGAAAUGACUGCAUCCAGGCCAUGAACCAUGUGGUCUCAGAGAACAUGCUGUGUGCGGGCAUCCUUGGUGACAGCAGAGAUGCCUGUGACGGUGACAGCGGAGGCCCUAUGGUGGUCUUCUUUCGGGGCACCUGGUUCCUGGUGGGCUUGGUGAGCUGGGGCGAGGGCUGCGGGCAACUCAACAACUAUGGUGUCUACACCAAAGUAAGCCGCUACCUGGAAUGGAUCAACAGCUACAUUGGCAGCAAGGACGCCUCCCCGAAGGGCCAGGGUCUGUAGCACCCCUCCAUGCUCAUCCCUGGACCCCACUCCUAGAGUGAG